UGGGUGCCGUGUCCCCUCCAUGGGGAUGCCACCUACGUCCCCUUGGGGACCCGGGCAGAGUUGGGGUCGCAGUCGGGGAGGUGACCAAGCGGAUGUUGGAGGUUUCCUCCGAUUUUGGAAUCGGGCGCUGCGGACGUGACCCACCGGCACCGGGGGCUGGCACAGGGUCCUCAGGGGGCGGGGACGGGGGUAAGGGGUGCCCCCCCAAACCGGUGCCACCAUCCCGGUGUCACAGCGGUGUCGCAGAGCAGCGCAACCUCCUCGCUGGGGGCUCAGCUGCCGGUGCCGGUGCCGGUGCGCGCAGGACGGGGGGUGCAGAGCUGCGCCCCCCGCUCCUCUCACCGCUCUUUUCCCCCUCCCCGCCCGCCCCGCGCGGCCCCGCAGGUCCGUGCGCGCCGCCGCCCCGCGAUGCUGACGGCGGUCUGCGGCUCCCUGGGAUCGCAGCCCUCGGACGCGCCCCGCGCCUCCCCGACCCACCUGGACCUGCAGCCGCUGCAGCCCUUCCAGCCCCACGGCCCCGCCGCACCGGGGGCUCCCGACUUCGCCUCGCCGCUGCCGCCGCCGGAGCUGCCGCUGCCGGGGCCCGACGACGCCGCCGCCGCCGCCGCUUUCGCCGCCGCCGCCGCCUACGACCCCCAUGGCCCCCCGAGGUUAGAGCUGCCCCCCGACGGCCCCGCCGCCCCCGGAGCCUACGCCAAGCUGCUGCCGGCCGCCCCGGACAUGGCGCAUCCCUACGAGCCCUGGUUCCGUCCCCCGCACCCCGGAGCCCCCGGCGAGGAAGGCGGAGGCGUCAACUGGUGGGAUCUGCACGCCGGUGCCAGCUGGAUGGAGCUGCCCCCCGGGCAGGGCGGGGGGCUGCCGGUGCCCGGGCACCCCGGGCUGCCCGCGGGGCUGGGCGGGUACGGCGGGGCCGAGCAGCAGCUCUGCGCGCCCCCCGCCCACCUGCUGCCCCCGCAGCAUCUGCUGGCGGCCGAGGGGGUGAAGGCGCUGGAGGGGCCCCCGGAGCCGCGGGGGCCGGAGGGGGAGGCCGGGGGGCGGCCCAAGGGGGCCCGGCGGGCCGUGCCCAGGGGCGGGGGGCAGGCGGCGUGCCGCUGCCCCAACUGCCAGGAGGCGGAGAGGGGGGGCCCGUGCCCCGAGGGUGCCAAGCGCAAGCACCUGCACAACUGCCACAUCCCGGGCUGCGGGAAGGCGUACGCCAAGACAUCGCACCUGAAAGCGCACCUGCGCUGGCACAGCGGGGACCGGCCCUUCGUCUGCAACUGGCUCUUCUGCGGCAAGCGCUUCACCCGCUCCGACGAGCUCCAGCGGCACCUCCAGACCCACACGGGCGCCAAGAAAUUCUCCUGCCCCGUCUGCGGCCGCGUCUUCAUGCGCAGCGACCACCUGGGCAAGCACAUGAAGACGCACGACGGGGGCAAGGACGGGCCCGAGCCCGAGGGCAAAGGCGGCGGGGACGCGGCGGCGGCCAAGGGAGGCAAGAGGGAAGCGGAGGGGGGCACGGCCGCCCCCCCAAACUGAGCCGCUGAGCCCCGGGGGACGCGGCCGGAGGUGGGGCGGGGGCCGGGGGGAGCCUUCGGGGCCGGUCUCCGGAGGGAUUUAGGGCGGGGGUGGGCGCAGGGCUGGCACCUUGUGCCGGGAGCGGCGGCCAGGCCCGGGAACGGCGCCCGGUGGCGCGGCCCCGUCCCCGCCGCCCGUUGGGGAGCGCCGCUGCCGGAGCUGCCCCGCGGCGGUUUCACUUGUCCCGCUCCCGCUCUCCCGCCCCGGUUCUCCCUCCCGCUCCCACCCCCACUCAUCCUCCCCCGGCUUCCCAAAUAUUUUUUUUUUUGUUUUUUUUUUUCGGGAGGCUGCUGGCAGGCGGCGGGGCUGUUUGGGAGGAACAUCAAUGGGAGCCGAAGGAGCGGGAGCUGCCCGGGCACGUCCAGCCCAAAGGGGAGGAAGGAGAAGGAGAAAGGGAGAGAGGAGAGGAGAGGAGAAACCCGGGAGCCUCCGCUCGGGGAGGGGCGGCCGCAGCCCCCCGGCGCCCUCCCCACGGUCCCCUCAAACCGUGGCACCCCGAGCUCAGCCCCCGCCCGGUGCCAGCCCCGUUCUCCUGCCGCCCACCACCCACGGGCGACACGCGGGGGGGGUGGGGGCUGGCGACAUCCCCCUGCCCCACUUGGGGGUGCUGAGCUGGCGGGGGUCCCCCCACCCCUUGGAGCCCCACUUUGGCUGUGGGGCUUGAGGAUGUGAAACCCAUUUUUGGCCUGAAUCGUGGCUAAAACGGGGAAAAGCCGGGAGGGG